UUCGAAUGGCCAGAUGCGGUGAACCAGUACUAUCUGGGUAUGGAGAGCCGUUACAUGCCAUGUUGGAAGGAUUUGAACUUCAUAUACUUCGUCCUGUACUUCGAUCAUCAAAAACAUUGGGUUGCUGUUGAGGUAGAUAUUGAUAUGUGGCAGAUUCGGGUGUACGAUAAUGAUUUAUCAUGCACCACCGACGCACAGUUUGAUGCCAUCAUGCUACCUUGGACUGAGUUGUUUCCACAUCUGCUGAGGUCUACUGGCUAUUAUGAUCAAGUCAACAACAACAUUCUGAAUGUGGACUUAGGGGACAGUAGCCAACUCAAAUCAAUGCAUGCUAGACGCAUGCCAAGUGAGGUGGUUCCCCAAAGUAAAACAAGUGGUGAUUGCGGGGUGUAUGCACUUGAGUACAUCGAACACCUCAUGCUGAAUCGGUCCUUGGACAACAUUACAGACGAUAGCAUGAGAAUGUUCAGAGAUCGGUGGUGUGUAGACUUGUUUUAUCAGAACUCAACUUGGUGAAAUAUAAUUUAAAAGGGUUGUAAAUUUUUUGUAUUAUAGACGAUAGUUGUUUUUAGUACUGUACAGUUUUUAUAUAUGGAAAAGUGUUCAAUUUAAAAACUUUUACUUACAUGUCGCUACAAAAUCGUUAACAUGUCGUUAAAUGUCGAAAAUUUUUAGUUUUUGAGUGUUUGGUUUCAUAUCGCUAAAGCACCGCGAAC